GGCCACUUCCUUUCUUCACUGCAGUCUCGCUGUCCCCACGCUGCUCCUGCCUCAUGGCACCAACGGUUGUGGCCCUCAUCCUGGGUUGGUGGCUGGUGGCAGCAAGCAGGGCACAGCAAGGUUGGUGGCUGGUGGCAGCGAGCAGGGCACAGCAACUGCCCCAACCCUCCCUGUCACUGCACCCCAGCCAGGGGGUGUCCCUGGGGGACACUGUCACCCUGCGCUGCCACCUGCCCCGCAUGGCUGCCUGGGUCCAGCUCUGGCUCAAUGGAACUCUGAGAUUUGACAAGGAAAAAGACAAGGAGCAGGAUGCAGCUGAGUUCUCCUUUGCUGUCACAAACCUGGAGGACGCCGGGACAUAUCAGUGUCGGUACCAGGUGUCAGAGCCACUGUGGACAUCAAAUCAGAGCGACCCUGUGGAGCUGUUGGUGACAGGUGCCAAGGGGCGGUUCCACGGGAACCUGGUGGUGGCGGUGCUGAGGGGCUGUGCUGCUGUCUUGGUCUUCAGCCUGGGCCUCUACUUUGUCCUCGAUGCCCGCAACCUCUGGACAUGGAGAGAUGAGAGUGCUGGUGUCACCCCUGAGAUGCACAAGUCAGUGCAAUUCCAGGGGCCCUCCAGGGACAGCGAUGAUCUGACCUACACCGAGAUGCCAGCUGCCAUCCCGUGCUCCCAGCCUCCCACUUCCCCCACUGCCCCCCAGUCCCCUGUCAUCUACACCACAGUCAGCACUGAUUUACCGCGCUGAUGGGCCUCCCCAAGUGUCUCAUUUCUGGGGUGUGUGGAAGGGGACAGACC